AUGAAAACCUUGUUCGGUAACUGUGGAAAAGUCUGUAUUUCCACUGCGGAAAUUUGCUCCUUCUUUUUCAAAUUUAGUAGAUGUAGAAAUGUACAUAGUCUCAUUUGGUGGAAUCACAGAAACCACUUCUUCACAUUGAUCGUUUUCAGAACAAAUAGUCAUCGUGAUUGUAGUGUAGAAAGAGCCGGGCCAAAAUUUAGAAGAAGCUUCUUUAGGUGUACCGGUGGCAGUAUCGCCCAGACUAUUUGUAAUGGUGACUGGAUCAUUGGUUGUACCAACCGUAGACACAACAACAGUUUGAAUACUACAGAUAGUAGAAUUCACACAAGAUGUCUCUGUCAUUGUAACCCAUCCUGUUACUGUAGUUGUUGUGAUUUCAUCGAUGGUAGAUGUAGUCUCAUCAUCGCAUAUACCAUCAGAAUCACAGUGCCAUUCAGAAGCAGUCUUCCAUCCUGGAGUAGUGGUAAUAACAAUUUCUGA